GAAGUUAGGGUUUAGUGCCGAUUUCCGAUCCGGAACAUCUUCUCUUCUGGUUUUCGGCCCUGAAUUUAGGGAUUGGGGUCUAGAGUUUCAGCGAAGACAGCAAUGAUGUACGGAGAUCCACAGCAACAGCAGCAGCAAGGUGUUGCUGAUUUCCCGAGGGGUCCACCGCCUCCGCCAAUGAUGCGACAGCCCUCAGCCUCUUCCUCCACUCUCAAUCCCGAGUAUCACCACCCUGCUCCUCCUUUUGACGCUCAUGGAGACAACUUUGGUGGAAAAAGAAUGAGAAAACUCACCCAAAGGAGAGCAGUCGACUAUACAAGCACGGUUGUGCGAUAUAUGCAGAUUCGUAUGUGUCAGAGGGAUUCAAGGGACAGGACAGUAUUGCAACCUUCCCCAGCAGCAGCUAUAGAUAUGUUGCCGACAUCUGCCUAUUCUGAUAAUGCAUCCACAAGUUUUGCUGCAAAAUUUGUCCAUACGUCUCUAAACAAAAACCGCUGUUCAAUUAAUCGGGUUUUGUGGACUCCUACUGGUAGGCGUCUCAUCACAGGUUCCCAGAGUGGAGAAUUUACUUUAUGGAAUGGACAAUCGUUUAAUUUUGAGAUGAUUCUUCAGGCCCAUGAUCAAGCCAUCAGGUCUAUGGUAUGGAGUCAUAAUGACAACUGGAUGGUUUCUGGUGAUGAUGGAGGCUCGAUUAAGUACUGGCAGAACAAUAUGAAUAAUGUUAAGGCCAAUAAAUCUGCUCAUAAAGAAUCAGUCCGUGACUUGAGUUUCUGUAGGACAGAUUUGAAGUUCUGUUCCUGUUCUGAUGAUACUACUGUAAAAAUAUGGGACUUUGCCAGGUGUCAAGAAGAGCGUUCAUUAACUGGCCAUGGUUGGGAUGUGAAGAGUGUUGACUGGCACCCUACAAAAUCUCUUCUAGUUUCAGGUGGAAAAGACAACCUUGUGAAACUAUGGGAUGCUAGAACUGGCAGAGAGCUUUGCUCAUUUCAUGGCCACAAAAACACAGUGCUUUGUGUCAAAUGGAACCAAAAUGGUAAUUGGCUGUUGACUGCUUCAAAGGAUCAAAUCAUCAAGCUUUACGACAUAAGAGCUAUGAAAGAGCUUGAAUCCUUCCGCGGGCAUCGGAAGGAUGUGACUGCAUUGGCUUGGCACCCGUUCCACGAAGAAUACUUUGUUAGUGGGAGCUUUGAUGGGUCCAUUUUUCAUUGGCUUGUCGGGCAUGAAACUCCUCAGGUUGAAAUUCAAAAUGCACAUGACAAUAGUGUGUGGAAUAUAGCCUGGCACCCAAUUGGAUACCUUCUUUGCAGCGGAAGCAAUGACCACACAACAAAGUUUUGGUGCAGAAAUAGACCAGGAGAUACUGCUCGUGAUAAAUUCAGCAUGGGUCAAAACCAAGGUUAUGGUGACCAAAACCCUACACUAGCUGGUCGCCUGCCUGGUAAUUUUGCAGCUCCUGAAACUCCAACAACCCCUGGGCCAUUUGCUCCUGGAUUAUCUCGUAAUGAGGGUACCAUCCCAGGUGUUGGAGUUCCAAUGCCAUUGUCUAUUCCAUCUAUAGAUGCAUCAGGUCAGGGUGAUCAGAAGCAGCCUCUCUCAGGUUCCAUGCCACUUGGAGCCCCUCCACUUCCUCCUGGUCCACAUCCCUCUCUUCUUGCCAAUCAGCAGCAAGGAUAUCAACAAAAUCCUCAGCAGAUGCCACAACAGCAACACCAGGCACUCCCACAACAAAUGCCCCCUUUGCCUAUGGCACCUCCAAAUAUGCCACAGCUACAGCCCCCAUCUCACAUACCCUUGCUUCCACAUCUUCAUUUAUCUCGCCCUCCACCACAAAUGCCUCCACUUGCUAUGCCUUCAGCACCAUCCUCAAUGCCUGGAUCAUUGCCUCCACCUUCAUCAAUGCCUACUUCUCAUCCGGUGCCAAUGCCUGGUCCAAUGGGUAUGCAAGGAGGUUCAAUGAAUCAGAUGGGUCCUCCAAUGCCACAGGGCCAUUUUAUGGGCUUGAACCCAAGGCAGGGUGCUCCUCCAGGUGGAGGUUUUCCAAAUAGUUUGCCAAAUAUGCAGGGUCCAACGAAUGCAGGUGGGGGUCAAAUGUAUCAACAAGGUGGUGCUUUCAAUAGGGGACAGCCUGGACAGAUGCCAAUGAUGCCAGGAUUUAAUCCUUACCAGUCUGGUGGUCAAUCUGGUUUGCCACCACCACCACCAGGACCACCACCGCAUGGCCAAACGCCUCAGUAGAUCAUCUCUGUACCAUGUAGGGAUGUUUUGUCAUCGAAAAGUUUUCUUUAUCAAAUAUGCUGUAAUAUAUUAUGAAUCCUUGUCCACUUGGUUUCUUCAUUUUCCUUUUUAAAUGUCUGAGACAGCAGAAAAUAUUUUUUAUUUAUAAAUUUUGCAAUGAGUU